CCAUUAGGUACGCAAGUGUGGGUACGAUCCACUGUUAAAUAUUUGUAUAAAACCAGACUUGCAAUGCUUACAAAUCAGACGUUUCAGUUCAGCAAUCGGCAGUAUUAUUCGGACCACAACAGCUAACAAUUCCAUCCUAAAGAAUUGUAACUAGUUGAGCCGAUCGUGGCCAUAGUGAGUUACUUUGUCUUUGAUUUUAUCUUCAAUUAUAGAAGUAACACAAGUUAUAAAUAUGCCACAAACCUUAGAGCAUAGCAAUUCAUUUAUGGCCCUCGGCGACCAGCGGGUCAUUCCCAGGGUUGAUGUCGUUUACUUGACAUACAAUACCAAAAAGUCGGAACCGACGAUUUCGCUAGAUAGCGUAUGUACUAUUAGUUUAUAUGAGCUGAAGAAGGAUCGACUGGCGAAGAAGAAUUAUCGGCUUUCGAUGAGUGUCGAGGCCUACAAGCAUUAUGUUUGGUAUAAUACGGUUCUCUCUAACCAGCUAAAAAAGGACGGUGGUCCAAUGUUGCUGCAGACCUUCCACUGGUACAUCGAAACGCCCCAUGCCGACGCGUUCCUAGUCGAUGGUGAACUCUACGAAGCCGUAUCACUAAUCAUGGAAACGGACGUGGAGCACUGGUACUGUGCGCGGCCAGGGUGGAGCAUUUCCGGAAGCCGAGUUCGGCUGCGGAACGGUAAGACGGAGCUCGACAACGCCGAAAAGGCCAAAGCUCGGAUAGCAAACUGCUUGGCCGCGGCAAGUCCUCCGCCGAAAAUGAGACAACAAAACCGUCGCGUUUGUCAGAAACGUUUGUCACUUUGCACGAUCAGUGAAGAAUUAUGACACACGGUGUGACUAAUUUUGUGUUUUUCUGUGUGAUAUUUUUUUUCUCUUUGUCCAUAUGUUCAUAUGGCUACAGUUUUAAGAACCUUUAAAAUACAGCGCGAUUAAGUUGAAAAUUUGUAGGACUAUGCUAACUGAUAGCAUUUACCAGUGUUUCCUGUCAAUUUUGCAUAGAACAAAUGAAAAAUAUGUAAAAAAUCAAGACAAAUGUAAAAAUGUGAGCUUUUUAUAUUAAAAUUGGUAAAUCUGAAAAAA